AUGGUUUUGCAAAGUGGCCCAAAGGGGGCCCUGUCCAAUGCGGAGUGUGGUAACGUCCAAUCAGGCGCGCAACGGAAGAGGCGGGUCUUCCACGGAGGGGCGGGGCCUUCAUCUCUGGCGCCGCCCUUAAAGGCCCGUCCACGUUCCCGCUCCGUCUCCAUUUCGGUGUGGGAGUUCCGGGCGCUGUGCGUGGUCGCGUCGUCCUGCGGACGCUGGAGCUCCGUGUGGAGGAUGGCGGGACCCGCCGGAGGCCGGAAACUGGGACUGUUGACAUUCAAGGAUGUGACCAUAGAUUUUUCCAGAGAAGAGUGGGCAUGCCUGGACCCUGCCCAGAAGAAUUUGUAUAGGGAUGUGAUGUUAGAGAACUACAGAAACCUGUUUUCCCUGGGUCUUGUUGUCUCUAAGCCAGACCUGAUCCUCUGUCUGGAGCAAAGGAAAGAACCCUGGAGUGUGAAGAGACAUGAGACAGUAGAAGAACACGAAGGUAAAGAAUGUGGGGACUACUUUAACCAAUGCCCAUGUAUUAUUGAACAUAAGAACAUUCAUGAUGGACAGAAACCUUCAAAAUGGAAACAGUGUGAUAAAGUAGUUAAAUGUUGUUCAAGCCUUGCUAAUUAUAACACAGUUCAUACUGGAGAGGAACCCACCCAAUGUGAAAAAUUUGGCCAAUCUUUUAACUGGCAAUCAUCCUUGACUAAACGUAGGAAAAUUCAAACAGGUGGAAAACCCUACCAAUGUGAAGAAUGUGGCAAAGCCUUUCAUUGGUUCUCACAACUUAUUAUGCAUGUGAGAAUUCAUACUGGAGAGAAACCCUACAAAUGUGAUGAAUGUGGCAAAGCAUUUCGUUUGCGUUCAUACCUUACUUCACACAAGAGAAUUCAUACUGCAGAGAAACCCUACAAAUGUGAUGUAUGUGACAGAUCCUUUGCAAGGAUCUCAUACCUCUACACACAUAAAAGAAUUCAUACUGGAGAGAAACCCUACAAAUGUGAAGAAUGUGGCGAAGCCUUUAAACAGCUUUCACGGUUUUCUGAACAUAAAAUAAUUCAUACUGAGGAGAAACCCUACAAAUGUGAAGAAUGUGACAGAGCGUUUAAAUAUCAGUCACGCUUUUAUGAACAUAAAAGAAUUCAUUCUGGACAGAAAACCUACAAAUGUGAACAGUGUCAUAGGGUCUUUAAACAGUACUCAUAUCUUAGUCAACAUAAAAGAAUUCAUACUUUAGAGAACCCCUACAAAUGUGAACAAUGUGACAGAGCCUUUAUAUGGUCCUCAUACCUCUCUAGACAUAAAAGAAGUCAUACUGGAGAGAAACCCUACAAAUGUGACGAAUGUGGCAAAACCUUUAACUGGUUCUCACAACUUACGAUGCAUAAGAGAAUUCAUAGUGGAGAGAACCCCUACAAAUGUGAAGAAUGUGGCAGAGCCUUUAAACAGUUUUCAAAUCUUCAUGUACAUAAAAGAAUUCAUACUGGAGAGAAACCCUACAAAUGUGAUAUAUGUGGCAAAGCCUUUACUCGGUUUUCACGUGUUAGUAUGCAUAAGAGAAUUCAUACUGGAGAGAAACCCUAUAAAUGUGAAAAAUGCGAUAGAACCUUUACACAGUACUCCAACCUUUCUAUACAUAAAAUAAUUCAUACUGGAGAAAAACCCUAUAAAUGUCAAGAAUGUGACAGAUCCUUUAGAUGGCAAUCAUACCUCUCUAAACAUAAAAGAAUUCAUAUUGGAGAAAAGCCCUAGAAAUGUGAACAAUUUCGCAAAGCCUUUAAACAGUUUGCACAUCUUUAUGUGCAUAAAAGAAUUCCUACUGGAGAGAAACCAUACAAAUGUGAAGAAUGUGACAAAGCCUUUAAUUGACACUCAUACAUUUCUGCACAUAAAAAUUCAUACACAAGUAACCUUACAAAUGUUAGAAUGCAGAAAAAUUUUUAAAUAUUGCUCAAGGUUUUCCAUUCAUAAGAUCAUUCAUACAGGAGAGAAACCCUGGAAGUAUAAAGAAGGUGGGAAAGCCUUUACCUGAUGCUGUUACUUCACUAUACAUGAGCACAAUCUUAGAAAUAUAAACCAAGUGGGAGAUCUUUUAAUAACUUUAACUGGUUGUUUAUAUCUCAAUAGCAGACAGUCAUGGUGGGUAACAGUGAUAGAAAUGUACCACUGUCAAAAUAUCUUUCAGAAAGUAAAAGUCUGCAUAAAAUAGUACAGUUUUAACGUAUUAUGUAAUACAUACUUUUAUCAAAUAUCUUAUUGUGUAUAGGAUAAUUUACAUUAGAACCAAACUUUCCGGCAUUUGCUCAAAGUUUAUUUAAAGUCAGUGUAUCUGGAGUGGAGAGAAACUCUACAAAUGUCAUAAAUGCAGAAAAACAUUUCUUCAAAAAACAGACCUUGGAAAACACCAGAGUUUAUACUAAAAGAUAUUUUCCAGAUGGUACAAUGUGAAAAAAUAUUUAAUCAAAAAUCACGUCUAGAUAAAAAUUAGAGGUUAUCUGGUAGAAAGAAUUAAGGCCCCAAUACUCAGAAAUUACUCAAAAGGACAAUGUUGUUUAUAGAGAAUAAUCCAAAGUUAAAGUAGAUAGAAGGUUUAUGUGUAUAUAUGUUUAAAAGGAGGAGAUUGAUUAAUGGUGGGUUACAAUUACAUAAAAAAUAUUGAUGCAAAUUACUUAGAAUUAAUUGAUACCUUCAUUAGAGUUUUAUAAAAAUGUCAAGUUUUGCUCCAUCAAAACUGAAAAUUUCUUUUUAUAUUAUGUGGGAAUCAUGAAUAUACUCUUCUGAGGAAUAUUAAGGACACAGAAAUGUAACAUGUCGAGAGUCUAACUGUAAAAUUAAUCCGUGUGAUUAACUUGUGAGAGCAUUGUAAGUGAUUCAGAGAUAGGUGUGUAGAUUAAUAUUCUUAUGCAUUAUAAUUAGAAACCUCUUUUGAAUUUUAGAAGUAAAUAGUUUUACCAGUUCCGUUAAGGUAAUUUAGGUAGUAAAAUAUUGUAUGUGCAAUGCUUUUUAAAACAGUAUUGUCAACUUAAUUUCUUUAAAUAGAACAAUAUUGUGUUUAAUUUGUAAAGACUGUUGUGCAAAAAUGAAGUAUAGUGAUGACACCAACGUAAACCUAUCCACCCUUAUUCAAGAUUGUAGGUACCAGAUGGUACUAAUUUAUUAUUGGGGAACAUAGCAGAGUAACAUCUCCAGUGUCUUUUAUUCCAGUAGGCCUUAGAGUACAAAUAAUAUUAAGGAUAUUAUUUCUAUAGGUUAUGUUUUUAUUGUUUAUGUAACUAAAGGUUCAUUAUAAUGGCUAUAAUGAAGGUUUAUGAGAGUACUAUCAAGAUGCACAUGUUUCUCAGUCCUGAAUGACUAUUUGCAAAAUUUAAUCCUACGCUUUUCUUUUGAACAUGUGGCCACUGUGGUCUCCAAAACGGACACAUACUUUUAUUUUUCAUUUACAUGGAAUGAAAUACAGAAUUGUCUCAUGAUAAAGAAAACUUAAGUUGUAAGAGUAUUAUAGAAAAAGGUUUUUUUGU